GGAGCCGGACCUGGGGGCAGCCGCAGAGCAGGAGCUGCCCCGCUUCCCGCCCCGCACCGCUGGCUGCCUGCAUGGCUCCGGGGCACUGCCCAGGCUGUGGGGGCUGCUGCUGCUGAGCAGCAAUACGUCGCUUCAAACUCAGCUCAACUUAGCACGGCGAGGAUGGCAACACUACUGGAGCUCGGGAGCCGCCAACAGAGCCAGGACACCUGGGUUUUGUUUGCCAGUGUCUAAUAAAUGGGAGUAAAAUGGAAUUUCUUACCUGGGUUUUCCCUGCCUUGGUUCUACUCUGCACCCAGCAGCACAGGUGUAUCAGAGCUAUGAAUGACAUUGGAGAUUACAUAGGUUCCAACAUCGAGAUCUCCUGGUUACCCAACCUGGAUGAUUUAAUGAAGGGCUAUGCACGGAACUUCAGGCCUGGCAUUGGAGGUCCUCCUGUUAAUGUUGCUCUGGCAAUUGAAGUAGCCAGCAUUGACCACAUCUCAGAAGUGAACAUGGAGUACACCAUGACAGUGUUUCUGCACCAGAGCUGGCGAGAUGAUCGUCUCUCCUACAACCACACCAAUGAAACCCUGGGCUUAGACAGCCGCUUUGUGGACAAGCUCUGGUUGCCAGAUACUUUCAUAGUGAAUGCCAAGUCUGCCUGGUUCCAUGAUGUGACUGUGGAAAACAAACUGAUCAGGCUCCAGCCAGAUGGAGUCAUUUUAUACAGCAUCAGGAUUACCUCAACAGUGGCCUGUGACAUGGACCUUUCCAAGUACCCAAUGGAUGAGCAGGAAUGCAUGUUGGAUCUGGAGAGCUAUGGCUACUCUUCAGAGGACAUCGUCUACCACUGGUCAGAAAACCAGGAUGAGAUCCAUGGGUUGGACAAGCUGCAGCUCGCUCAGUUCACAAUUACCAAUUACCAGUUCACAACAGAAAUGAUGAACUUCAAAUCUGCAGGUCAGUUUCCCAGGCUCAGUCUCCACUUCCACCUUCGGCGCAAUCGAGGCGUGUACAUCAUUCAGUCUUACGUUCCCUCUAUCUUACUAGUGGCCAUGUCGUGGGUGUCCUUCUGGAUCAGCCAGUCAGCUGUGCCUGCCAGGGUGUCAUUAGGUAUAACCACUGUUCUGACUAUGACUACCCUGAUGGUCAGCGCCCGAUCAUCGCUUCCACGAGCAUCUGCCAUCAAGGCUCUUGAUGUCUACUUCUGGAUCUGCUAUGUGUUUGUCUUUGCUGCACUGGUAGAAUAUGCAUUUGCACAUUUCAAUGCUGACUACAUGAAAAAGCAGAAGAACAAGAUCAAGGCGAGAAGGCAGAGUGCAGAGAUCAACGUGAAGAACGCCAUUGUUCUGUUUUCCCUUUCCAUAGCUGGUGUGAACCAGGGACUGGUCAUUUCCAACAGGCAGCACCGAAUUCCCAGGAGCCUGCCUGGAUCCUAUGGCACAAUAGAAAUAGAAACUGGAGAGAGAAAGCAGCAUCACAUCAUGAAACUGGAUAAAAAGGGUGGUCUGAAGUCCCUGUUCAAGCCUAUCGAUGCCGACACCAUCGAUAUUUAUGCCAGAGCUGUGUUCCCAGCAGCCUUUGCAGCAGUCAAUGUUAUCUACUGGGUUGCAUACACAAUGUGAAGACCAAACCAUCCAGAAAGAUGUAAAGAGCUGCAAACUGAGCCCUUGCUGAAACUGUAUGGAUCCAGCUCUUCUCAAAAGUAUUUUCCAAGGAGCUUGAGACAUUGCUAAAGCCAAGGAAGUCCUGCAGUCAGUUCCUCCCCAAAGCAGCCAUUUCUGCCCAAUCUUGAUUUGUGCUCUGCCAAACGAUCCUGGCUCCUUAUUUCUUCUGUUACCAGCAGACAAUUUUUGAAAUGUACAUAUUUGCAGCAGAAGUUUAAAUCUCAAAUUACCAUGGGUUUCCUCCACUUCAAGGGCUGAUCAGUAACAAAGAUUUGGCUUUUCACACUCAGAUCAUUUCCUUUUUUGUAAUGGAAGAGCUAAUUCCUCACUUCCACAUAGGAGUGACUUCCUGCAUCUGGCCUUCUCUGGGAUGGUUUAGGUUUAACAGCAGUGCUAAAGCUGGAAUUUUUCAUCAUAAAAACCUGAUGAACAAAGUAAAAGGGAACAGAGGGGAGUGGAGGCUUUUCCUUAAAUUAUUCUUUGUCUUGGCUAAAGUAUUCAGAACAUUUCAAUGCUCCUAGUCACAGCAUGAAAUAAAAUAUACUACAGAAAAUUCUACUGAUUUGUUAAUGAUGAUUGCAUUACUCUCAGAACUAAGCUAAUGAAAGUUUAAACACUUGACUACAGAAAUAUUUAUUAGUUUAAUAGGCCCCAGAAUAGACAAAAGUGAUUUAGAAACUCAGGGAGAGCUCAGGCUUUCUGUGCAGGGUAGGGAAAAUAUGUCAAGGUGCUUGCUAAGGAAGGAACUCAGACUCAGAAUUAAUGUCUUUGAUUUUCAGUGAGAGUCUACUGUGUGCACCUCUGAAAACAUCCUUUUUUUGCCUCUGUCCCUUAAUAGCUGAGUGAAGUUUAAAAGAAAAAAUAGUCAUAAAUGGCUGGAAGUUUCUCAGCUGAUUGGGACAUUUCCCCCAUUUUUAUUCAGAGGCUGGAUGAA